CAUCUUAUUGGCUAUUGGAUGCAGUGUGGACCAUACAUAUAAUUAUGAAAGAACUCAAACAUGUGACUUUUUUUUCCGAGGAAGAGAGAAGGAAGCAUCAUAUGAACUUGUCCCAAAGACCAAUGAGCAUGUGUGACGUCAAUUUCUUUUUGCUACAAGGAAAACAAAAUACAUAAGCAGUUAAGCAUCACUUUCUGAACCUGCUGCUACUUCUUCCUUUACCUUCAUUGCGAACAAUCAUCCACUACUUUCUUUGUUUUCUUUCUUCUAAUCUUGAGAUCAACAUGGCUGCAAGAUUUGUGGGAGAAGCUUUUCUCAACUCUGCACUUGGCACUAUCUACGACAUGCUGAUUUCACCCUUACUUGUCAACUUCAUCCAGAGAAAGAAGCUUAACCGGAAACUGGUUGAGAAGCUGGAGACAGUUCUGAAGGCUGCUCAUGCUGUGAUCAAUGACGCGGAGCGGAGGCAGAUCGAAGAGGAAGCUGUGAAGGACUGGCUGGACAGGCUGAAGGAUGCUGUGUACGAUGCUGAAGACAUACUUGAUGAAGUCACCACCAAAGCUGCCAUUCAAAAGGUUCAAGGUAACUCUCUGUCUCGCUAUGUCAAUUUGCAUAGUGAUGGCGAGAUAGUAACCAAGAUAGAAGAGAUCAUUGAUGCAUUAGAGACGAUUGUAAAUGAGAAAGAUGGUCUUGGCUUGAAGGAGAUACCGGUGGAGGACAUGUCAUGGAGGAUCCCCUCAACAUCUCUGGUUGGUGUGCAUCAAAUAUAUGGCAGGGACCAAGAUAGGGAGGCCAUGGUAAAACUGUUGUUAGAUGUUACCAAUGACGGUGGAAUAUCAGUGAUUCCUAUGGUCGGCAUGGGUGGAAUAGGAAAGACUACUUUGGCUCAGAUGGUUUACAAUGAUGACCAAGUGAAACAAAAAUUUGAUGUUAAGGCAUGGGUUUGUGAUGGGCAAGAAGAAUUUGACGUUCUUAAGGUGACAAAUGCUGUGAUGGAAGCAACUUCUAGUUCUUGCAGCUCAACUGAGUUAAACACAAUUCAGGAGAGCUUGAAGAAAGUCCUAGCAGGGAAGAAGUUGUUAGUUGUUUUGGAUGAUAUGUGGAGUAACAAUUAUGAUGCCUGGAUAAGUUUUUUAAAGCCCUUUAAAUCUAGUAACGGGGCUGUUAUGAUUCUUGUAACAACCCGUCUUGAUUCCACUGCUGAUAUGGUGAAAACUAUUCCAAUUUACCAUUUGAGUUUGUUGGGUGAUGAUCACUGCUGGUCAGUGUUUGCAGAUCAUGCAUGUCUUAAUUCUGUUGAAUCCCAUAGCCGUUCUGCUUUAGAAGUAGUUGGUCGAAAAAUUGUCAAAAAGUGUAAUGGGUUAGCUUUGGCUGCUCAAACACUUGGAGGUUUAUUAAGAGCAAGAAAAGAAGUAGCGGAUUGGGAGUUUAUAUUGAGGAGUGAAAUUUGGGAACUUCCCAAAAAAGAUAGUGGGAUUCUUCCUGCAUUGAGAAUCAGUUAUCACUACCUUCCUUCACACUUAAAACGUUGUUUUGUUUAUUGUUCUUUAUUCCCAAAAGACUAUCCAUUCGAAAGAGAUAUACUGGUGUUAUUGUGGAUGGCAGAAGGUCUUUUGCAACAACCAAAGAGUGGCAGCACUUUAGCAGAAGUUGGUUCUAAAUAUUUUAAUGAUUUGGUUUCCAGAUCAUUUUUCCAACAUUCUAACACCAAUAAAGAUUUAUUUGUGAUGCACGAUCUCAUGCAUGAUUUAGCAAUAUUCUAUGGUGGAAAGUUCUUUUCUAGAAACUUUGAACUCGAAACUGCAGACAAGCAUGAUGCUUGUCCUCGUCCUCGUCAUCUUUCAUAUAAUGAUUGGAUCGAUGAUUUGCUAUUCUCAGAGAUCUUGGAAGUAUGUGGUUGUUUAAAAAAUGCAAGGACAUUGCUUUAUGUCGGUUCUGGUGUAUGGGAUGUUUCCCCAGGGGAAUAUGAUCCUUGUCGCUUACUUGCACAGUUGAAGCACUUAAGGGUUUUGUCAUUUCAAUUCCUUCCUCUUGAUGAUUCAAUAAGUGAUUUGAUCCAUUUGCGUUAUUUGGAUCUCUCUUAUACACCUAUGGUGACAUUGCCAGAGUCAAUGAGCAAAUUGUAUAAUUUACAAACACUGAAGUUGAAGGGUGCAUAUCUAGAAAAGCUUCCAAGCAACAUGCAGGAUCUUGUAAAUUUGCUUCAUUUGGAUCUCUCUUAUACGGAAAUUGAGGUAUUGCCCGAGUCAUUGAGCGAAUUGCAUAAUUUACAAACGUUGAAGUUGAGAGAGUGUGAAAACUUGAAAAAGCUUCCAAGCAAGAUGAAAGAUCUUAUAAAUUUGCACCAUCUCGAUAUUGAAGGUACUGAAAUAGAAGAGAUGCCGAAACGGAUGAGUAAAUUAAAAGACCUGCAGAUUUUAUGUUACUAUAUUGUUGGCGAGCACGAAGAGAAUGGGAUAGGGGAAUUGGGAGGACUUGUAAAUCUUCAAGGGUUAUUUAGUAUUAAGAAAUUAGAGAAUGUGGUUGAUAGCAGUGAAGCUUGGAAGGCAAGGAUGGUUGACAAGAAAUACAUCAGUCAUUUAUGCUUGAAGUGGUCAUCAGGUGAAGAUAGUGAUAUUGUUGAUUUCCAAAUCGAAAAAGAUGUGCUUAGCAAAUUAGAACCUCACAAUGACCUGAAAUUUCUAGAAAUAAAUGGUUACAGGGGUACCGUGUUUCCGGAUUGGGUAGGACAGUCUUCGUACCAUAACAUGACUGCAUUGUAUCUGACUGGAUGCUGUAAUUGUUUAGUGCUUCCUUCACUUGGACAGUUACCCGCUCUAACGAGACUGGAGAUUUCACAUUGUGAUAUGGUGAAGAUGAUUGGUGGGUCAUUCUAUAAGGGUGAUGGAACACAUCAGCAUCAGGAGACACCCUUCCGAUCCCUUAAAUAUCUGACUAUUCAAAAACUGCCUUGCUGGGAGGAAUGGGAGUCUUAUGAAUGUGAUGAUGACGAUGAUGCACCAUUUCCGAAACUUGAGGAGCUCCGUAUUUAUAACUGUCCUAAGUUAAGAGGAGAUUUGCCCACUUUCCUUCCGUCUUUGAAAAAACUUAUCAUUGAAAGAUGCGAGGAGCUUGGUUGUUAUCUGCCAAGAGCUCCCAUCAUUCGCGAAUUAAGAAUAUUUGGCAACCAGGAAGCAAGAAUGCGGGACCUACCACUUUUACUGCAACUACUAAGAAUCGAAGGAAAGCAGCUUGUGGAUUCUCUGUUUGAGGCCAUGGCCAUGACCCACACCCAACCAACCUCUCUCACGGAGUUAAGUAUCUCAAAUUGCUCAUCAGUGGUAUCAUUUCCAGGGGAUGCUUUGCCCCCUUCGUUGAAACAGUUGCGCAUCAAUAACUGCAAGAAUGUAGAAUUCCCAAUGCAACACCAACAACAUCACUCACUAAGGAGUCUUAGAAUAGACAACAGCUGUGAUUCGCUUACAUCCUUGGCAUUGCCAGCGUUCCCAAAUCUCAAGUAUCUCACAAUCGCAAGACUUGAAAAUUUGACAUCUCUGGAGGUGUCACAGUCACAGUCCCUCUGAGACUUAUUCAUUGAAGAAUGCCCUAAGCUGGAGAACAUAAUAAGGCUGCCUGCCUCUUUACAUUAUCUCUACAUCAGCAAAUGUGGGUUGUUGGGUGAAGGCAUAGAGAGGAAGGACCCCCACAUUUGGCCAUCCAUUUCCCACAUCCCCUACAUUGAAGUUGACGGCGCAGAGAUCCUCAAUGACUCAACAUCUUAAAACAGGUAACUCUUUUGCUAUCUCUCUAUAUCCCAAAGCGGCUUCACUUCAUCUUCCCCAACAUCAUAUUGAAAGAGUUGCGCAUAUACAAUUGCAAGAAUGUAGAAUUCCCAAUGCAACACCAACAACAUCACUCGCUACAGACAUUACAAAUACACAACAGCUGUGAUUCGCUUACAUCCUUCGCAUUGCCAGCGUUCCCAAAUCUCAAUUAUCUCACAAUUUCAGAGUGCCCUAAGCUGGAGAACAUAAUAAGGCUGCCUGCCUCUUUAAGUCUACUCUACAUCGACAAAUGUCCGUUGUUGGGUGAAGGCAUAGAGAGGAAGGACCCCCACAUUUGGCCAUCCAUUUCCCACAUCCCCCGCAUUCGACUUGAUUGGAAAUGGAUUCGCAACGACUCAACAUCUUAAAACAGGAACCAUCUCCUCGGAAGGAGUAUGCAUGAUUCUGCCCUUGACAAUUGGUAAUUUUGUGGACAAUUAUGUGAUUUUAGGAUAAAAAGAUUUUUGGGCUGCCUUGACCACCUUCUUCUUGCUCUUUGCUUGUUCAUAUUGCUUUUCACCGGUCUUGCAUUGAGAACUGUUGCUAGGGUACAUCAAACAUGUCAUCAAUUCCACCAUAUGGCUCUAUCAAUUCAGAUUCCACUUGGAUGGAAGGAAAUAGGAGAUGUGUAACCACUGAGCAGCCCUUUCUCUUUCUCUUUUGAACGUUGGGAAUAACAUACAAACUUUGUGCAUUCAGAUUUGUUCAUAAAAUUGAUAAUUUUGACUGCUUAGCUGAGUCCAUUACUGAGAUACUCUAUGCCAUUUGAUUUAGAAUCAUGCUUUUCUAUCUUUUUUUUUUUUUUUGC